AUGCCAACUUUGACUUCGAUGUUGCCCACUGCUGGCUUAUUCCUACCGGAAACACUGCAUCGGGCUGACCUCCCCACGUCAGCGCCUACGGAAACCGAAGGAACGAGGCUGAAGUAUUUCCAACGCAAGAUCGGGCGGCCGAAGCAGGAGCCUAGGAACUCUGAGGACCGGCGGCCAUCAAAUGCUAUUCCGAGGGAAACGCCUGAUGACAUCUUAUGCGACUUUCCAGCGAUCCCGACUACCUACUACUUUGCGGACUAUGUCCUUACCACCGAGAGGGCUUCUGCGGACACCAUCGCUUUCGUGAGCAUUAUCCAACAAGUGCGACAAGAUAUCGAUGAGGCGACGCGCCUUUUCAUCUCAUCGGCGGUUUCGAACUUCCUGGAUGCUUACCCAAAUAAGCGGAGAUGGAUCGAGACUUCCUUGCUCGAGGUGCGGCGUGCUCUCAAUGAAAUCGGCAUGGAUAUGGACAAAGCCUGGGGCCACGAUGGAGAUGGUGGCACAGCUGCAUCGAAGCUCAAGCUUGAGUGGGGUCUAAGAAACCAGAAGAAGAUUCUGAAAAAGAAGCAGCUGUUAGAUCAGUGCCACGCUCAGUUGACAGGUGCUAUCUAUGUCAUGCAAACGGCAGAACUCUGUGGGAAGCCUGGUGCUAUCGCAGAAACACCCAUUUUCGAGGCUCCGGUACGACCUUGGGUACCUCAUGAUGAGAAAGACGCGCUACGUGGACCUUAUUCGAGGCAGAAAUACCGAACGAAUCAGGCAAACGUGUCCGCAUCAAAUAUUACACUGGCGUCUGAAGCUGAGAAGGAUGACGUCGAAACCGGUAGUGUCAAUUCGGUGCCUGUAGAGCUGGCCGGUAGUACGCCGGCUGACUUGGACAUCGAGGAGAGGCAUAAUUCACAGAGCUUCCUGAGCCCUCAGGUAUCCCGCGAAUUCAAUACUGAAAGUUCGACACUGUCCAGACGACCACGAGCACGCUCAGACUACUCCCGACAAUCCGUCCUUCGGGAACCAAGACCUCGCGCCUCCAUCGAUGUCGCUCCUUCCUCCUCGAAUAAUGGCGAUGCAACAAUCGAGCGCACCGACUCCACUCUGUCCACACAAGCUACGGUCAGCGUGCCCAUGGUAGCGAGACGGUAUCGAGCAACAUCGAUAGACAUCCAAAGGCAUAGCGAAAAGCACAGGUCUUUGCCAUCAGAGCUUCCUCAUCUCAAGAGUCAGCCGUCACUUAUCGAUGAUUUGGCUGACUAUGUGAUGCCUAGUGCGGCGAGUGAGAGGCUGCCGAGUAGAGAAUGGCCAAACAGUCCAAUAAUUGCUAUUCCAUCGAUCUCGGUGACGUCGACCCCAACAACCGGUAAUACGUUACCUGUAGUCCCCGAGACAACGAAUGCGACGAUAGACGGUAUAUCAAACGCGACCAAGACUACUGCAGCUCAGCCAUCGCCCCGCCAGCCUCCUACAAGUGGCGAAGGACUUGCGCAACCACCACAACAUGAGAAGAGAGAUGCGGACACGCCGUAUGAGGACGACUUGAGCCUGCGACGAAAUAGCUUUGCCUCUGUCGAGCGUACACCGUCGCCUAUGUCUCACUAUGCAACAUCUAUACACACUUUGCGAUCGCCCAGUGCUCUUGUCAACGUUACCACUUUCACCGACGACGAGCCGGUUCGUCGCCCAAGUAGCCAGCGGCCGUCACAGCGCAUGUCGAAAAGGCUGUCGCAAACGUCAAGUAGCAGAUCUUUCAACGCGACACCGUCACCCACAAUUACCACGGUCGCUGAAACUACAACAACAUCUGGUACGGAUGAGGAGGAGACUACCCUUCUGGUAACUGCACCGUCUUAUCCUCCACCACCGCCGCCCCAGAUCAUAACCACGGAAACUUCGCAACCCAUAGUCGCCAGCCCAACAGAGACGCCGGCGGAGCUAGACGAUGACGACGUCGUGCUCUCCGUCCUUCAGCAACGACUUCGUAGCCACAAAAUCGUCAAGACAAUGGCUGAAGACUUGGUGCGACAGGCUUCCAUUACAGAAGCGGCGCAACAGACAACGGAUACGCAACAAGCCAUACUUUCACCACCCGUAUUGCACGAGCAACCAAUUCCCACACCGAAACAAGAGUUGCGCGUAGAGGUACCACCCACUACCUCAUCGGUCCCAGUUCAGGUAGAGAUACCUCCCGUUCCGUCUGUUCCAGUGCAGGCAGAAAGUCUCCCAGCGCCUUCCAACGGAAGUCAGAACGGAGAUGCUCCGAAGAAGCCCAUGUCAGCGCAGGCUAAGCGAAGGGCUGCGCACGCACGGAGAAUGCAACUAGCUUUUGGUGACGAUACGACGGCUUGA